AUGUCCGCUGAAAGUACCUCUUUUAUCAUUGAUGCUUCCCGUUCUAUGGUUCAGGACGGGAAUGUUGCCAAAGCGAUGGCUUAUUUGGAAUAUGCAUUGUUAGAGAAAGUUAAGAGGCAACGUAAAACUGACUGGAUCAGUUGCUAUUUGUCGAAUUGUCACAAUACCAAAAACUCACAAGAUAUUCCGGGAAUAUAUCAAGUGCAAUCAUUUGUUGCACCAAUUUCCACAGAACAGACGUUGAACAUACUUCGAGAGGUAAACAGCUAUUCGCAGGAUUUAGUAAAUGAUGAGGUUAAGAAAGAGAUUCCAGAUAAUGAGUUGCAAUGUAUGAUUCAAUGUCUUCUCGUGGCCUCUCUGGAUUUGAAAUCCCAAUUUAACAAGAGAAAACUGCUACGACAAAUUGUUAUUUUUACAGAUGAUUUAAAUGGGUUAGAUUUAACUCCCAAUGAAAUAGUCGUUCUUCAGGAAGAACUGAAUUUAAGGUUAAUACUCGUUGACUGCUGUAAAGAGACUUCCAGCGAGGACAUCUUUGGAAGUAAAUGGGGUUUGUUGAUCAAAGCCAUUCCAGGGUCUAAAGUAUACAGAAUAAAUGAAUUACUGAUCGAUAUUACUUCCCUAAAAUUUCCUAUUAUCAAGCCUGUCAGAGUUUUUAGCGGUGAAUUAAGACUGGGAUCAGAUCCAAUUGGCCUUAUCAGGAACAAUUUUGACCCAUCCGCAGAUUUUAAAUGUUUAAGCAUUCAAGUCGAAGGUUAUCCAGCAACAAAGCAUGUUCCAUCGCUCAAUAGGAAGACUGUUCUGAAAAAAGAAGAGUCUGGUGAAGUAGAAUAUGAGCCUGUUAAGUCGAUAGUUGAAUAUGAAACACUUGGCUAUGACACAGAUAAGCGAAUCAGCAUUUCGCAAGAAUCAGUCGCAAAGGCAUUCAGGUAUGGAUCGGACUACGUUGUGCUACCAUCAAUUUUGGAUGAAAAGAGAUUUUUAAACACUCUCCCAGGACUGGAUGUGAGAGGAUUUCUGGAUAGAAAAAAGAUGCAAAAUUACUACCUAACUUCUGAAUCGAGAUUCAUACUUGCAGACACUAAGUCGGGCGGUAUUGCAGACGUUACAAUGUUCAACGCCUUAGUUGACGCAAUGUUAGAGUACGACAAAAUAGCUAUCGCAAGAUUUGUAGCUAAGCGACAAACAGAGGUGCAAAUGUGUAUACUAUGUCCACUUCUUGUCGAUAGCGGCGUUGUAGUUCCAAAUCAAGUCAAUGGUGAAAAUUUCCAGCGCACAUUCAUAUUGAGUAGGUUACCGUUUGCUGAAGAUGAAAGAGUUUCUGACUUUCCCCGUCUAAUCAACAGAACAACUACUUCAGGCAAAGCUAUAUCUCAGGGCAAAGAUUCAGAACAGAUAGACGCACUAAUGUCUCAGUAUGUAGACUCUUUGGAUUUGGAUGCUCAAAAGUAUGAGACUGUCCCAGAUACAAAGUAUUACUCAAUGUUGAAUCCAAUUGCUAAAGAGACCUCUCUACCAUUACCCGAUGAUUUUGAAGGCGAGUCAACCAAUGAUCCUUCAAGAAUCCCCGCAAUUCACAUACGUAGACAGCAGCAAGUUCUUCUUGAAUACAUUCAUCAAAAACUGAUAAACAGAUCAUCAGAAUUCCAAAUUCCGGAGUUGCCGGAUAUGUUGAGAGAUAUAAUUACUCCACAUUUUGAUUCGCAUUCUGCAAAAGAACAAACUGAGUUAGUCAAACUGCUUGCAAUAAAGAAGGUGGAAAAGGAAUCUAAGAGGCCGGAUGAGGUUUACGAAAGUGACGAUGAAGAUAAUAUACCCUCUUUCGAAGAAAUUAUGGCGAAAGGUGCCCGCUAG